CCCCGGACAAUCAACCCUUCAGCUGAACGGACUCGCCCUUUGCGACUCAUGUUCCGUGUCUCUUUGUUUCUGAUCGGUCCAUACUCAUUUUGAACCUGUUGCCUGUCGAGAUUCAACCGUCAGCAUCAAUAGUGUACACACCUUUUCCUGAAAACGAUCUUCACUCACCAUGGAUGAAAUCAACCCCCUUCCCGGCAACUACCAUCAAGCUCUCAAGCUUAUCGACGAGGCACACGCCCAGGAUCCGAGAUCGGUCGAGAGGAAGUCCGGUUCCGUGCCGUUUGAGCUCGAUUAUGCCCAGCAUAUGACACGCUGGCUGGCGGUUAGAGAACCUAGAGCGUCGCCCGUUUUGCAGCUUGCAUGCCGGGCUCAGCAUUUCCGAAGAUGGGAAAUUCCGCGAAGCAGCUAUCCCAUGACUCGGCCCGGAUAUCUCACCUGGCGCGCCAAGCUCAAGUCCCAAGCGGCAAAGCAGGUGGCCGAGCUGCUCGCUGACGCUUCCAUCCAGCCUCCGCUGAGCCAGGAGGAGAUCGACCGGGUGGCCGCCCUGGUAAGGAAAGAGGAUCUCAAGACCGAUAGCGACACUCAGGUCCUUGAGGACGUAGCCUGCCUAGUAUUCCUGGACGAGCAGUUUGAGGACUUUGAGAAGCGGCCGGACAUUGACGAGGAGAAGAUGGUGGGUAUCUUGAGGAAGACAUGGGGCAAGAUGAGUCCGUCUGGACAUGCGCUGGCCCUCCAGAUGCACUUGAGCGAACGGGCUAAGAUCCUGAUCGAAAAGGCUUUGGGUGACAAACCCUCACCACUCCUCCCCCCACCCCCCCCUCCACACCCUCCUCUCAACCCACGACUUCCUCUCCGCCGCCGCUUCAUAUUUCCCCCCAAAACCCAUGCGUUCGUCACCUCGGCCGCCACCGACUGCCACACCCACCGCUCCAACUCGCACACUUACUCCCUCAUCACCCUGCGACCCCGCAUCCUCCGCGACGUUUCUCGCGUCUCCAUUUCCACUCGCAUCCUCGGCCACCCUGUCUCCUCUCCCAUCUUCGCAGCCGCCACCUCCUUGGGAACCACCGUUCACCCAGAGGGCGAAAAGGCGAUCGGAAAGGCUUGUAAGAGGCUGGGGGUGGGCAUGACAGUUAGUACCAGCGCUAGUUUUUCCGUGGGUGAAAUCGCGAGGGUUGUCAAGGACUGUGAGACUGUCACUGAGGCAGAAGAAGAAGAAAAAGCAAUUCCACCAUUGUGGUUCCAGCUUUAUGUGGACAAAGACCGGAGCAAAUCCGAAAAGUUGCUAAAGCUGGCGGUGGAGGCGGGGGUGAAAGCCGUGUUCUUGACUGUUGACGCGCCAGUGCCGGGGAAGAGGGAGGCGGAUGAGAGGAUUUCGGCGGAGGAGGCGGUAGGGCUAUCUUCGGGAGUGCCGAUGACGGGAGAGAAGGCGGAGAAUGACAAGUCCGGAGGCGGGCUGGGGAGAAUCACAGGAAAGUUUCUGGAUGCUAGUGUCUCAUGGGGAGAUAUUGCUUGGUUGAGGAGGUGUUUACCAGAGGAGGUGAAGAUUGUGUUGAAGGGGGUGCAAACGGCUACGGAUGCGGUCAGGGCAAUGGAGGCGGGCGUAGAGGGGAUCGUGGUGUCGAAUCAUGGGGGGAGGAGUUUGGAUACGGCGCCAGCGACGAUUUUGGUGUUGCUGGAGUUGCAGAGAUGUUGUCCGCAGGUCUUUGACAAGAUGGAGGUGUUGAUUGAUGGAGGGGUGACGCGCGGUACGGAUGUCUUUAAGGCCUUGUGUUUGGGCGCCAGUGGGGUGGGGAUUGGGAGGGGGAUCUUGUAUGGACUUGGAUAUGGGGAGGAAGGGGUGAGGAGAUAUGUGCAGAUAUUAAAUGAUGAGUUGGAGACGACGAUGAAGAUGUGUGGGAUUACGAGUCUGGAUGAGGUGCAUCCGGGGUUGCUUAACACGAGGGCGGUUGAUCACCUUGUGCCAGAGACAGUUGAGGAGGAACAUCCAUAUGCCAAAUGGAGGCCAUCGAUGAGGAAGAAGGUAAUUUGAGAAGUGUUGAGGCAAACCUGUAGGUGCAAUUAUACAUAGCGUUCACGAGAGCAUGCACAUUGAAUUACAUCCAGUCGAAGAGACUUGAAUUCAAA